AUGUCUUUCGGCGGCGGUGGUUUCGGAGGCUUCGGCCAAAACACCAACAACACCCAGUCGACAACAUUUGGAGGCUUCGGUGCGAACAACAAUAAUAACAACACCUCAGGCUUUGGAGCUACCAACACUGGUGGAUUUGGCCAAACCAACAACACUGGUGGUGGUGGUCUUUUCGGAGGGGGCAAUAACAAUAACACCGCAGGCGGCUUCGGCGCAACGACCGGAGGUUUCGGCGCGACCAACACUGCUGGCGGCUUCGGAGCGAAGCCCGCUUUUGGAUCUACCACUGGUACAACGGGUGGAGGUCUCUUUGGUUCCGCUGCCACAAACACCACGACCAAUACUGGCACAGGGUUUGGGGGUUUCGGAAACACUGCGAACAACAACACCGCCACCACAUCGGCCUUUGGUAGCAACACAGGAGGUGGCAUGUUCGGAAACAACACUGCCAACAAGACUGGAUUUGGUGCUACAGGCACCACCGGCGGUUCACUCUUCGGUGGUGGUAGCAACACCGCAGGCAGCACCUCAACUGGUUUCGGCGCUGGCUUCGGUGCCGCCAACACCAACACCCUCGGCGGUGCUGCAGGUGACCCUCCUGGAACAGCUGUUACGGCUUUCCAGGCUCACACCGAGAAGGAGGGCGCUACCAAUGCAACCAACUCGUACCAAAACCUUUUGUUCCAGGAACCCUACAAGAAAUGGUCCGCCGACGAGCUACGACUUGCUGAUUACGUUCAAGGAAGGCGGCAUGGCAAUGCUACCGGCGGUGGUGCAUUUGGUGUGAGCUCGGGUUUUGGUGGAGGUUUUGGCACUAACACGAACACCACCGCGACUUCAGGCUUCGGAGCGAACACGACGACCAAUACUACUGGCGGCGGUCUCUUCGGAUCAAACACAACCAACAACACCACAACCCCUAGCACUGGUUUCGGCUCCGGUGGCUUUGGUUCUACUGCCAACAACAACACAACCGGAGGCGGUUUGUUUGGCAGCACAGCUAACAAGCCCGCUGGAGGACUAUUUGGCAGCAAUACUGCGCAGACAAAUACGACUGGUGGUGGCCUUUUCGGAGGAGGAAACACCGGCACAACCGGUGGUUUCGGCGCUACGAACACUGCUGGAGCCGGCUUUGGUCAAACGAACACCAACAAUGCUGCUGGUGGUCUCUUUGGUAACACUCAGAACAAGCCUGCUGGUACCGGAUUCAGCUUCGGCAACACAAAUACCAACACUACUACAGGUGGAUUCGGAGCCGGAGCGACGAACAGCGGAUUUGGCGCCAACAACACGGCCCAGAGCACGGGUGGUGGCCUCUUCGGUGGCAACAACAACACCCAGGCGGCUGGCACGGGUGGUGGUCUUUUCGGUCAGAACAACAACCAGGCUCAGCAAACUACUGGCUCUGGCCUGUUCGGCCAAACCAAUAACCAACCCCAGCAACAAUCUGGCGGCUUGUUCGGCAAUACCGCUCAGCAGAAGCCUGCAGGUACUGGUCUCUUCGGAAACACCAAUACUGCAACGACUGGUACUGGUGGUGGUCUGUUUGGAAACAACCAGCAACAAACGAAUACCGGCGGAUUUGGUGCGGCCAACACCAACAACGCUUCUGGCGGUCUGUUCGGUAACAAACCUGCUGCUAGUGGAGGUCUGUUUGGAGGAAACACCACCGCCCAGACUAACACCACUGGUACAGGAAUGUUUGGUGGACUGGGAUCGAACAACCAAGCCCAGCAGAACACCAGCACCGGGCUUUUCGGUGGCCAGAACAACCAGCAACAGAAGCCGGGCCUCUUCGGUAGCAGCACAGGGAACGCUAAUGGCGGGCUUUUCGGUGGCCAGAACAACCAAAGUGCCGGUAACUCACUGUUCGGUGGCAGCACAAACCAACAGCAGCAGCAGAAUGGCUCUUCGAUCCUCGGUAACAGCCAGUCUGCCAACGCUCCUCAGGGCCUGACCGCUAACCUGAACGAUGUCUCUGCAUUCGGAUCUCCUGGUCUGUUCGCUGGGUUGGGAGGAAAUGAGGUUCAGAACCCUGGUCCUCUUGCUACUCCUCUUAGCGGCGGUUCCAAACCCAGGAGGAGCUCCAUUCUGCCCAUGUACAAGUUGGCCCCUGCAUCUGCCUCCCGAUAUGCUACGCCUCAAAAGCGAGGAUUUGGAUUCUCUUAUAGCGCCUCAGGCAGCCCAGCAAGCAGCAUUUCUAGUACACCCGGCAACCUUGGACACAGUCUUUUGGGAUCUAGCAGAUCUGGCAGCCUCAGCAAGAGCUUGUCAAGCAACAACUUGCGCCGCAGCUUCAACACUGAAGACAGCAUCCUUGCCCCUGGCGCUUUCUCUAAUGGAUCUCAGCCCAGAUGGUACGGUAGCACUGGCUCAAAGAAGCUGAUCAUCAACCGAGACAUUAGGAGUGAUCUCUUUUCUACCCCCCAAAAGGAUAAGGCUACAGACGCCGGAACCGGUUCUCGCAAGCUGUCCAAGCGUGUCAGUUUCGAUACCAGCAAUGUUGACAUGGAUGAUAGCACUCCUGUCCGUGGUGCUCUCCCUGCUGCUGGCGAUGUCGAUAGCCCGGCCAACGAUGAGACUCCUCGUCAGUCCCGCGCUACCAAUGCCUCAAACAUUUCUGCCGGCUCGAAGACUCCUGAGAUGGAGGAGGUUAAGGGCAAUGAGUUGGCAAUCGUCCACGAGGAGGACAGUAAUGCGACUCCUGAGGCGUCUACUGGCAAUGCCGACACCACUCCCGGACAAUAUUGGAUCUCACCUCCUAUGGAAGAUCUUGAGAAGCUCAACCGCAUGCAGCGACAAAAGGUUGACCAGUUCACCGUAGGCCGUGACAAUGUCGGCUACGUCUCUUUCAAGGUCCCUGUCGACAUUAGCAACAUUGAUCUUGCUGACAUUUGUGGUACUCUGAUUGUCCUUGAGCCUCGUUCUGCUACCGUCUACCCCGUCUCCGCUAAGAAGCCACCUGUUGGAAAGGGUCUCAAUGUUCCCGCUAGAAUUGCUCUUGAGCAAUCCUGGCCUCGCGGCAGUCGUGACAAGAAGAUUGCUAGUGACCCUAAACGUUUCAACAAGCAUGUGGAGCGUUUGAAGCGAAUCGAAAACACCACCUUCGAGAGCUACGAUAAGGAUACCGGCAUCUGGGUCUUCUCGGUCGAACAUUUCACUACCUAUGGUCUUGAUGAUGAUGACGAGUCUGAUGACGAGGAGAUGGCUCAGAACGAGUCUGCUGCCCCUCAAGAGAUGUCUCUUGAUGCCUCCCCAGAUUCUGCCAACUCACCCAUGGAGGACGACACCUUUGAAUUCAAAAGGCAUCGUGGGCUACCUGGUGGGUUUGAUGAACAGCAACAAACUCUUGAAACCCAGCUCUCCCAGCAGUCUUUUUUAGGGGUUAGCUCCGCGGAUUCUGCACCCAACGAUGUCAGGCUGUCCCUCGAGGAGGAGUACGCCGACGACAUGGGUGACGAAUAUGACGUGUCCGAGGAUGAAGACAUGGCGAGGUCUUCUCUCGAACAGCAUCUGGCCGCGGAGCUUGACGACAACUCGUCCGAGGGUGUUCCUGAAGCUGUCAAGGCUACCCCAGGAGGCAUUCUCAGAGCUCGAAUGCGAGCUGUUAAGGACUCUGCCGGUCCAAUGCAGCUCGAAGUCGCAGAUGGCGACGAUUGGAUGGAAAUGUUGAGGAAAACUGUCAGCCCAGUCAAGCGAGAUCGGCAGCUUUUGAGACAAAUCAACGAGUCCCCAUCGAGACAAACCGGCCUGUUGAUUGAUCUCGACAGGAGUGGAGCUGACACCAUGAGAAAAUCAUCAAAUUGGAGGAAGAGUAUGGCAAAGAAUGAUAGAUUGGAUAAUCUUGCGGCAAGCACCAUUGGUAUGGAUAAAGGUCGCGGGUUUGCGACCAGCAUCGACCUCAUGAACUCUCUGUUUGAGAAACCCAAACCAGCGCCCCAGAAAAUUCAAGCCUCGAUGUCUGGCAAAGGCUUUCCCAAGUGGCCCUACGAGCGACAAGACAAAACGAUGCACCUGGAUGGCUACGAGAAAACCUUCCACGACGCUGGCCGACCUACUUGGGGUCCGGAUGAGAUGCUUGUUGUGCCUCGACGCCUAAUCUCGGAGGGUGGUCGACGGUCCUUCACUCACAAUGCCGAUAUCCUUUCUUUCCAGCGUUCGACAGUCCAGACUGAUAAGCAAGAGCUUCGCCUGGCGACUUUUGCAACCGAGCACUCCAAGCGAUAUCUAGGUAACCAGGACAAGCUCACUGACAUUCGAAUCGUUGACGAUGUCCCUUUCGCAUCCCUCAACGCUGCUCAGCUCCAGGAUGUCUUCCACCAUCAAGAUAUGAACGAUCCUGCAAGCAUGCAAGAGAAGCAUGUGUGGGACUUGGCCAGCAUCCUCUUCGACUCGGUUCAGGAUUCAACACAACCUGAACAUCUCGUUCGCAGAGCCAAACUCUCUCGUUUCUGGUCUAAUUUGGUUGACUCGGCUUCAUCAACAACCAUCGGCCUCGCAAGGUCAAACGAGGAAAAGGCUGUUGCUUGCUUGGCCGGCCACCGCAUUGUUGAUGCUUGCAAGCACCUUCUUGAUGGAAAGAACUUCCGCCUUGCCACACUAGUUCCCCUCAUUGGCACCAGCGACGCCGCCAAGAAAGAUAUGCGAGAACAGCUCAAGGCUUGGCACGAAUCGAAAAUGCUCUCGGAGUUCUCGGAAUCGAUCCGUACCAUUUACGAACUCCUUUCGGGCAACGCAUGCGUCUGUGAAGGUAUGAAGGGUGUACCUGUUGAGGAUCGUUUGGACUCUUUCGUUAUUUCGAAAAAGUUUGGUCUCGAUUGGAAGCAGGCUUUUGGCCUUCGACUUUGGUAUUCGAUUGCACAGGACGACGAUUUGGCAGCUGCAGUGAAAGGGUUCAAGGAUGACGUUGAUCAGGAGAGAGAAUAUCUACCACUGCCUUGGUAUAUCGAUCAAGGCAUCAAGCCCCUUUGGGACGAUGCCGACGCUGAAAAACGACAAGACCUUCUCUGGGGUCUUUUACAGCUGUAUGCGAACGAUGCUUCCGACCUUGAAGCUGUUUUGCGUCCCGAGAACUCCCAACUCUCUCCUCUCGAUAUGCGCCUGACAUGGCAGCUUGGCCUUGCCCUUUCCUCCAGCGGCAAGGUCUCUUUUGGACAGCAUGGUUCCGAGAAGGCUGACGCAGCUACUGUUGCGUUCGCUUCUCAGCUCACUAGCGCUGGCGAAUGGCUCGAGGCUGUCUUUGUUCUAUUGCAUCUGAGCAAGCCUCUUGCCCGAAAGAUGGCCAUCCAGGAGCACCUUGCUCGUCAUGCUGGUCUUAUUGGAGACGAGAACUCGUCUGCGUUCAACAUCCUUACUGAGAAGUUUUUGGUUCCAUCAUUAUGGAUCUGGGAAGCUCUAGCCCUGUACAUGCGUAGCGUGAAGAAGGAUGCCUACUCGGAAGUGCAGUGCCUACUACGUGCUCGUUCCUUUGUGGAGGCCCAUCGCGUUCUCGUCAAGGAGGUCGCACCACUCGCUAUUGUGGAGCGUGACUACGCAAAUCUUUCUGCGCUCAUUUCUCAAUUUGAUGGCAGACAGGAACUCAUCUCGGACUGGUCAUUGGGUGGUGAGAUUUACAGCUUCUUCCUUACUUUGAUCCAACACCGUGCCAGGAAUGAAAUCGCACCACAGCCUGUUCUAGAGAAGCUUCUCGCUGGUCUGCACGCGAUGGAUGAGGAUGCAGGCGAGGCAGGUGUCGUACGAUAUGCUGCUGUGUCAGAUAUGGCGGACGAGACUGCCAAGGAGAUUAUCAAGGCCAGCAAGAAGAAACAGGACAUGGAACUCAGGUCAAGGAUUAUCAACUUGCCUCUGACACAAGACCGCCUGUUGGCCUACUCGGUUGACUUGAGCAUGGAUCGAUACCGGGAAGUAAUGUCCCACUAG